AAUAGGAGAGCAGAAGGGGCGGAGCCAGAGGGUGGGCGGAGCGUGUGAGGAGCGGCGCCGCCAUUUUGAGGGUCGGGAGCGGCGGCGGCGGCGGCGCUGGGAGGAGAGGUGCCACCACCAUGGAGUACGAACGCAGGGGGGGCCGUGGGGACCGCACCGGCCGCUAUGGGGGAGCCCCCUCGUCCUCCGAUGAGGGAUCCCGAGCCCAGCGGGACCACGACUAUCGCGAUAUGGAUUAUCGGGGCUAUGGGGGACCCCCCGAGGGGCCCUCUGCAACCGGGACCUCUGCUCAGCCCUACGAGGGCUCCGAGCCCCCCCGCAAGCGGGACCCGCCCCCAGCGCUGCCGUUCGGGGCGGACGGUGAUUACCGGGACCAGGAUUACCGACCGGAGGCAGCUGAGGAUGAGCCCAGAGCCAGCACCAUAGUCAUGCUGCGCAUGCUGCCGCAGGCGGCUACUGAGAACGAUAUCCGGGCUCAGCUGCAGGCUCAGGGGGUGCAGCCCAGAGAGGUUCGACUGAUGCGGAACAAGUCCUCAGGUCAGAGCCGCGGCUUUGCCUUCGUGGAGUUCCACCACGUGCAGGACGCGGCGCGAUGGAUGGAUGCCAAUCAGCAAGGCCUGAGCCUAUUGGGGCACCGAGUGUCCCUGCACUACAGUGACCCCAAACCCAAGAUCAACGAGGACUGGCUCUGUGCUAAGUGUGGGGUGCAGAACUUCAAGCGCCGCGAGAAGUGUUUCAAGUGUGGGGUCCCCAAAGCAGAAGCAGAGCAGAGGGGUCCGGGGGGGCCCCGAGCGGAGCUGGGGCCUGGAGGGGGGGGGGGGCUCCUGCCCCUCCCCCAACCCUAUGGGCCUGCAAUGGGAGGGACCCCAGGGGGGGGCAGCGAACCCGGAGCUGACAAUGCCAAUGACACCAUCAUCCUGCGGAACCUGCACCCCCAGAGCAGCCUGGACUCCAUCCUAUCAGCCCUGGCCCCAUUCGCUGCCCUGUCAGCUGCCAACGUCAGGGUCAUCAAGGACAGACAGACCCAGCUCAACAGAGGCUUUGCCUUCGUGCAGCUCAGCACCAUCGUGGAGGCCUCCCAGCUGCUGCAGAUGCUGCAGGCUCUGCACCCCCCUCUGCACAUCGACGGCAAGAGCAUCAAUGUGGAGUUCGCCAAGGGCUCCAAGCGCGAGGCCCCGCCCCUGAGCCGAGGUCAUGACCCCGCCCCCAGGGAGGGGCAGGGGGCGGGGCCAGGGGAGGGCCCCCCCCGCGCCAGCGCAGCCUCCGUCGCAUCCACGGCCAUUGCUGCUGCUCAAUGGGCGUUAUCACAGGCCGCCCCCGGCUCUGACCCCACGUGGUCCGGGGGGGAGGAGCCUCCCGGCGACUUCAGCGGCUUCUACCAAUCAGAGGAGAGCUUCAGUAGCCCCGCCCCCUCCCUCUAUGGCUCCGCCUACCUCAAGGGCUCUGCGGCCCCGCCCCCUGGCCCCGCCCACUCUGGCUCCGCCCCUCCCAAGGCUGAUGGCCCCGCCCCCGGUGUGGAGGAGCCCCCAGUGCUGAGCCUGGACCACAGCACAGGGGGGGGCCCCUUCCCCCGCCCCCCCCAAGGGGCCCCCUCCUACCCCCCCCCCACUGCUGAGACCCCCAGUGCCCCCCCCCAGGGGGCCCCCCCACAGGUGUCGGACCCCCCCCCCACUGCCCCCCCCCGCUCUGAGCCCUAUGGGCAGUACCCUGUCCCUGACGUCUCCACCUACCAGUACGAUGAGAGCUCCGGGUACUACUAUGACCCCCUCACUGGGCUCUACUAUGACCCCCACUCCCAGUACUACUACGACGCCGGCUCUGGGCAGUACCUAUACUGGGAUGGGGAGCGCAGAACCUACCUGGCUGCCCCCCCCUCUGAGCCCCCCCCCCGCCCCCCCGGGGGGCACAAGGAGCACAAGGACAAGAAGGAGAAGCACAAGAACAAGACGGCUCAGCAGAUCGCCAAGGACAUGGAGCGCUGGGCUCGCAGCCUCAACAAGCAGCGUGAGAGCCGCAGCUCGGGGCCCCCCCCCCCCCCCCGCGAGGACGAGAGGAGGGAGGCGGCAGCUGCCGACGCCGGGUACGCCAUACUGGAGAAGAAGGGUGCUCUGGCCGAGCGGCAGCACCCACCCAUUGAGCUGCCCAAGCUGGCGAGUGAGGAGAGGAUGAGCCCCCCCCGCGGGCUGGUCGCCGCCUACAGCGGGGAGAGCGAGAGCGAGGAGGAGGCGGAGCGAGGGGCGGGGCCGGGGGCGGGGCCGGGGGCGGGGCCAGCGCCAGAGCCGCUCACUGAUUGGCUGAAGCUCGCGUGCCUGCUCUGCCGCCGCCAAUUCCCGAGCCGGGAGGCGCUGCUACGUCAUCAGCAGCUGUCCGGGCUGCACAAGCAAAACCUGGAGCUGCAGAGACGGAAUCAGCCCCCCCCCGAAGGGAUGGAGAGGAGCGAGAUGGAGAUGAAGUAUAGGGACCGAGCUGCCGAGCGCCGUGAGAAGCAGCUGGGCCCUGACCCCCAAGAACCCAAACGGCGCAAGUUUGGGGGACCCCCUCCCCCCUCUGGGGAGGGGGAGGGGCCUGACCCCCCCCUCGGCUGUCGGAUGCUUCAGGCAAUGGGAUGGAAGGAGGGGAGUGGUCUCGGCCGGAGGCGACCCGAGGCUCCGCCCAGGCCCCGCCCCGGAGGGAUGACGAGAUUCAGCGAAGGACCCUGAGCCCCUCCCCCCUCUGAGGCCCCGCCCCAUCACGUGACCCCUCCCAUUGACCCCGCCCCCUCCCUAGGCCACGCCCCCUUCCCUUGGCUCCGCCCC